AUGCGUCGGACUAGGCUCGGAAAGCGCUCCAAGCUGCGACGCGCCCUAAUCAUCGGGAUCGGCGGCAGCUCGCAGGCGAAGCUCUGCUCGCCGCACCGAGAUGCCAAGGCGUGGAGGGACCUCAUUGUCGAGAAGUACGGCUUCGUCGAAGACGAGAUCGUUCUCAUGCUCGAUGACGCUGUGACGCCUGAAUCUCUGCAACCUACGAGGGAGAACGUGCUUAGUCAGAUCAAGAGGUUUGUGGACGGCGCAAGGUCCGGAGACAAGCUCAUGUUCUACUACUCGGGACACGGAUCUCAAGUCCCUACCGACACAGAGCCUGAUGGGUUUGACGAAGCUAUAUGGUUCAAUGACGAGGUCCAGCCUAUCCUCGACGAUGAGCUGAGACUUCACCUCGUGGAAAGGCUUCCACAGGGAUCGUGCCUCACUGCCAUAUUCGACGCCUGCACUUCUGGAACACUUCUGGACCUCGAGCAUUACGAAUGCAACAAGAUCUUCCACGAUUUCUUGACGCAGAAUCCCGGCAAGCCGUGCAAGAGUCACUCCGGAUGUUCAUCGAAGCGCCCAAGUCGCGCAAGCACACGACGAGCAUCUACCAAGCCACAGCCCACAGGACCGACCGACAUGGAGGAAGAUGUAGCUGACUCCUCGGUGCCGAUGAUCAUCUGUGAAGAGCCCGAGACCAUCCCCCCCGAGCACGAGCCCAAUCGUGAGAGGGGCUCCCCCGGCCCGCAACUACGCAUCCAUCAGUAUCAGCCGAUGAGCCGCGACGUCAUGUUCGAGGUCGCGACGACCGUCGACAAUCUCGCGCGCCAAAAAGGCAAGCGCAAGCGCACGUCGGACUCCGCGACGAGCACUCAGCCUCCUCCCAAGCGGUCGCUCACAGUUCACAGCUUCUCGAACGCGGUGGGAACACUGGCAAAGAACAAGGUUCUGCAGUUGGUCGACAGCAUCCCCGGACGGAAUUUUUUUGAUCAAUAUCUCCGGCGGUGCUCGACUCCGGAGGCGGACGUCAAGCCUGAUACAUGCGACGGAAAAUGCCAGGAGAGGGCUGGGAAGGAGAGGGCAAAGGCGCAUGUUAUAUCGCUCGCCGCAUGCCGUGACGGCGAACGGACUUGGGAGUCGAAGAAAUCUAUUACCAUGACCCAGUCGCUCAUCUCCACGCUACGUAGGAUACUCUUCCUUCCGAAGCGCAUGCACCUUAUGAGGAAGGCCACGGAAGACGUCUUUCAGACAACGCUUAUGCGUCGCAAGCGUAUCGAGAAACUGAAGAUGCAAGGGAAGGACAUCGGCGAGCUCGACGGUAACGAUUCAAUACCCCAGAUCGGAAGCGCUAACCCAUUGCAUCCCAAUGAAUGCUUCAACUUGAUGCUUUCGCCCCCCGGUUCUCCGCGUCCGAACCGCAUGCAGUCCAUUGAGGACGCUAUGGUCAUCGAUUCUGUGUCCUCGUCUUAA